AUGGUAACAUUAGACAACCAAAAUGGUGGUGAAGAAAAUAAUUUACAUUCUACAAUAAAUUUACCAAAUACUCCAAAUCCUAAUACAUAUGGAAAUAAAAAAUAUAUGUUUGAUUUAUUAUUAAAUAAUAAAGCAUGUAUACUGUGUAUGAAUUUUGCCCGGUGGUUUCCAAUUCUUCUUGUAUUUGGAAUUGUUGGAUGGGCUUAUUAUGCCUAUGUUUUUAUAUUAUGUUUUGGAGUUAUUGAUUAUUUAUUUCAAAGAAUUGUCUUUCUAUUAUUCCUUCAUAUUCUAAUAAUAUUAUUUUUUUGGUCAUAUCUAGCAACUGUUUUUACUGAGAAUGGUAAAAUUCCAGAAGAAUUUUAUCUUCCAUAUGAAGUUAAUGAAGAUGUUAAGAAUGCUGAAACUAAUGAUGCUGCAAAAGAAGUUGUCCGAAGAUAUGUAAAAAUGCAUAAUCUCCCAAUUCAAAAUAGAAUGUUUGAUCAGGCAUUUCGGUAUUGUCAUCAUUGUGCUAUGGUAAAACCUGACAGAGCUCAUCAUUGUUCAAUAUGUAAAAAAUGCAUUUUAAAAUUUGAUCAUCAUUGUCCAUGGGUAAAUAAUUGUGUAAUGUAUUCAAACUAUAAAUAUUUUAUGCUAUUUCUUGGUUAUGGAAUCUCAGCGCACUCUGGGAAUAUUAAUUCUAUUGGGACAAGUUUUCAUUUAAUAUUUUUAGAAUUCGUUUCUAUUAUGUUUAGUAUAUCAUUAUCGUGCUUGUUUUUCUUUCAUAUUUAUUUAAUAUCCAAAAAUCGUUCAACAUUAGAAUCAUAUAAAGCUCCUGUAUUUACGUUUGGUGUAGAUAAAAAUGCCUACAACAUAUCUUUGAAACAUAAUUUUACAGAAGUAUUUGGUCAUAAACCAUUAUUUUGGUUUUUGCCAAUUAAUUCAACCUCUGGAGAUGGAAUUAGUUUCAUUUCUAAUUGUUCUGGAACAGCAACUUAUACGCAUGAAGAUGCAAUAGUUUCUAUAAAUAACAUUACUAACGAUUCUACAAUAAGGGUUUUAAAUAAUCACGGAGAAAGUAUAUCACAAAAUAUGGGUGAUGCAACAAAUAUCGGGUUUACACAAGAAAAUGAUUGUAGAAGAUUUAAAAAUGCCAAGGAAAUGGUAAUUGACAUAAAUUCAUCAACAUCGGAAGAAGAAAAUUCAGACUAUGAUAACGAUUUGAUAGAAUGUGAAAAUUACAAUGGUGAUAUUACUAUUUGUUCCCCUGAUUCUAAUUUGGAAUUAGGAACUGAAAACAAAGUUCGCUUUACUGUUAGAUCUGGUGUUCAAUACUCUUCAAUUGCUCAAUCUGACGAGUUAUAA